CGCUGCUCCGGACUCAGAAACAGGCAGUCAACACUCGUGGAGUGAAUGAAUGGGUUGGAUAAACACUGCUCAAGCAAUAGGACUUUUUUUUUUUAAGGUGCUCGUGAAAUAUUCGUAGAGGGGAAAUGGUGGCAAUUCAAUGUAAAGUCAGGCCCGCAGUCUGUCCAGGUGAAAUAAAGGAGGUUGAGUCCCUGCCUGAAAGUUUGCUACCCCAAGGUUACGCGACAGCCGCGUACAAAAGGAGCAGUUUUCUCCCAGGUCCUCCAACUUUGAGGAAGAGGUUAACUGACAAAGCAUUCUUAGAACGACGGAAAGGAAAAAGAAACCCUUCAGGAAGCACAACUGCACUUCUUCACAGGUGCUGGUCUCCAAGGACGGAUCCACAGGGGACUUUGCACCCUCAGCGUUCUCUCUCCAGCACCACCCACCCAGGAUUCAAACGGAGCCCUCAGGUGCUCCGCGCGCCCCCCAUGGCCCUUCCGAGGACCAGUAGUGGUGACGACAUCGCGGUGCGACGACAGGAAGUAAGCGCCCACUGUGCCGCGCGAGGUCCGGAGCUCCGCGGCCGACAGCACCGCGAUCUCCUCCCCUUGCCGUUCUAGCUGUGAUGGACAAUGCCCGCGAGUCUCCUGCGGACAAAGGUGGGGAAGCAGGGGAGUCAGACGAGACGACUGCUGCUCCUGGGGGCCCGGGGACUGCGGACACGGACGGGAUCCCGGAGGAAGCGGACGGAGACGGAGACGCGGACUUGAAAGAAGCGGCAGCGGAGGAAGGCGAGCUCAAAAGUCAGGACGUCUCCGAUUUAACAGCAGGUGAAAGGGAAGACGCGUCAUUACUUACUCCUGCAGCCAAAAAACUGAAAAUCGAUACCAAAGAAAAGAAAGAGAAGAAGCAGAAAGUGGAUGAAGAUGAGAUUCAGAAGAUGCAAAUCCUGGUUUCAUCUUUUUCUGAGGAGCAGCUGAACCGUUACGAAAUGUAUCGCCGGUCAGCUUUCCCGAAGGCAGCCAUUAAAAGGCUGAUUCAGUCUAUCACAGGCACCUCAGUGUCUCAGAAUGUUGUUAUUGCCAUGUCUGGUAUUUCCAAGGUCUUCGUCGGGGAGGUGGUAGAAGAAGCACUGGACGUGUGUGAGAAGUGGGGAGAAAUGCCACCACUACAACCCAAACAUAUGAGGGAGGCUGUUCGGAGGUUAAAAUCAAAGGGGCAAAUCCCCAAUUCGAAGCACAAAAAAAUCAUCUUCUUCUAGACCAAAGCCUAGAAAGAUCAGUUACCGACGGAAGACAUCCUGGCUCCAGCCUUUCUGUUACUGAGACUUUCUGCACUGGUGCUUUCGUACCUCAGUCCUCCAAGGAUUCCCUGACAAUUUUAAUGUCUUUCUCGCCACACCUACAAGGCAUGCAGCCUGCUUCACACCUGCCAUGACUAAAUUCUGGGACGUCUUGAGCAUUUUGAGGUGUUGAGAUGUCUUUGGGCUAGCUGGAGAACAACAGCGCAUGGCCUUACCAAUCUUCUGGGCUGGAAAGCUGCCUUCUGCGAGAGAACAUUCCCAAGAGAGCUUGGGCGGUUUCACAUUGAAGCCUAAAGUUGCUGGGACUUAGGUUGUUUCUCACAUCUGGUUUAUGUAGAUGAAACAACUGGAAACUUCUGACUUGUGACACUCUACCAGGAAGGACACGGUGAUAGCAGUUAGUGGAGUGAUUUGUGAUUGUAAACACUUAAGAUUUUUCUGUGGAUUGUGGUGAGUGAUCAGUAAACUCUUUUCCAACUUGC